AUGAAACAUCACACGUCCAGCGUCAAGAGAGGAGUUCUGUUGAUUCUGCUGAUAAUCGGGGACUUGCCAAAAGAAUGCGCAACACCACGGAAAAUACUGAACGCUACUCUGCAGACUUAUACUGGCUGUAGUGCUUCUUACGGCUGUAAAUUUGGGUACAGUUCACCCGCAUCUCGUGACUCAAAUGUGAUCACGUGUCAGGAGGACGAGACUUGGACACCGAGCGACUUCGAAUGUGUACAAAUACCCUGUCCGUCACCGCCGUCACUGACAAAUGGACAUUCUGUGGUGACCUCCCUCAAUGUAGGAGGGGCAGCAUCGUAUGUAUGCGACACCAACUUUGUCAACAUUACUAGUGGAGGAGGGGAGACAACUCUUAAAUGUGUACAAGGAGGGACGUGGACGGGGAUCAUUGACAUGGUCUGUAUACCGGCCUAUAGAGACUACACCAUCACCAUAACGACGGGAUCUGAAAGUUCCUCUGGCACUGAUGCUAACGUUUACAUACGUCUUAUUUGUGAGUUGGAGGAUUUCACAAUAAACUGUCCUUCAUCCUCGAGUUUUGAAAGCGGCAGUGUCGACGUUUGUCAGGUAACUUUUUAG